AUGCCUUCACCAACACAUCAUAUUAUGUUACAAGCAUUAGGAAGUGGUUAUACAGCUGAACAAUUAUGUGUUAAAUGUGCUAUAUUUUUAAUCAAAAUUCAUCAUGGUGUAUUAACAUCAUCUCAUCAAUAUUUAAAUAUUGUUGAACAAUUACGAACACGUUGUAUGGAUACAGUAGAAAAAUUACGAAAUAAUGUUGGAUUUAAUCUUGCUGGUUUUUUAAAAUUAAUUCGACGUCAAAUUGAAGAACAAAAUGAUGUUAUUCUUUUUACUGAUGCAACACAAAAAUUAACAUCAAAUGAAGCAAAAAAAACGUAA